UAGGGUAUCGUUAUCAAAGAAAUUAUUAUCAAACUAUCUCCUGCCUCCAAUCCCUUCUUCCCCCUUCUCUCUCUCUUCUUCUAUCUUCCUCCCCUUUCUGGUUAAUUGAGUUAGGGUCAACCUAACAUCUCCUCAUCAUCUUUGCUUGCGAUUUCGAUUUCGAUUUCUCUCUCGCUUGGAUUUCAAUGUUAAUCUUCUUCUCUUUUUUUUUUUUUUUGGACAAACGAGGGAUUUCUUGUUAUAACUUCGGACGUUCUGCCGUUCUUUCGUUUUAAUAACAAAACUAAACGACACGUAGUUUUCAUGCUAAUAGCAAAAACGGCAAGACUUGGUUGGUUUGAUUAAUGAAACAAUUAUAUCUCCGUCAUCUUCUUCUUCAUUACUCAUUCAUAAAGGAAGCAAAAAAAAGAGAGUUUGAUUUCGUCGUCUUCACAGCUUUCUUCUCUCGCGGCCAAAAAGAAAUCUUAAAAAUCGACGUCGUUUUGGUUCUAAUCGUAUUCCGGCGAAAUUGACUCGGAGGCUUAUUCGAUGGCAUACGUCGACCACGCGUUCUCGAUAUCGGACGAAGACCUAAUGAUUGGGACUUCGUACACCGUCAGUAAUCGACCACCGGUGAAAGAGAUCUCACUCGCGGUUGCUCUUCUCGUGUUCGGAACCCUAGGAAUUGUCUCUGGUUUCUUCAUGGUUUAUAAUCGAGUUGGUGGUGAUCGAGGUCACGGGAUUUUCUUCAUUGUACUCGGAUGUCUUCUGUUUAUCCCGGGGUUUUACUAUACACGGAUUGCAUAUUACGCAUACAAAGGAUAUAAAGGUUUCUCCUUCUCAAACAUACCAUCCGUUUAAGACUUAUGAAUCGGCGUCUGUCCUCUCUUACGCUCAAUGUAUAGGUUGUUUCCGAAGGGAAGGUUUUAUAUUGCUUUAAACCAGUGACUUAAUUAUUCUCUUUAGUGUGAUUUUUACAUUACUCGAAUGACCUAUGUUUGAUAUGUAUCUCUUUUUGGUUUCUCAUUCUCUAUGUUAGAUCAUUAGUCUUUGAUAAACAUCCUUGUAACGUAUAGACUAAGCUAAUCACAGGUGAUGUAAUUGGUGUGUUUA